UCUCCCAGGCACUCGGACCUGACCAGACGAGGAGUGAGUGAUCGAUCCUCUUUCGGCACCGAACCCGGAGAGCUCAGACCCAUCGAACAGGCCUGCGCCAGCUUUCGGGGAGAACCAACACCGUCCAAACAGAAGAGAAGCUCCUGUGCCCACAGGCCUAGGAGGCAGUGACGUGACCCCAUGGCAGAGGACGGCGAGGGUCCUGGGGACCCCCCGGCCAGCACCGAUGCCCUCUGGGAGGCCCUCUGGGCCCUCCUGCCCCACACUGAGGAGGAGCUGGGCUUGGAGCUGGGCGCGCCGGUGGACCCCAGCGCGGCGGGGCUCCUGCGGCAGGCCGCGGGGCUGCUGUACGCGGGCCGGCUGGACGCGUGUCUGCAGGCCAGCGAGGCCGUCCUGGACUACGCCUGGGAGAAGCUCAACACCGGGCCGUGGCAGGACGUGCACAAGGCCUGGCGGCAGGUCUACACCUUCGCCUGCCUCUUCAAGGCCCUGUGCCUGUGCCGGGAGCCCAGGGAGGCCGGCGCCACCGCCGCCGCCCUGCACGUGUGCGACCUGGGCCUGCUGAUGGGGGCGGCCGUCCUGGGGGACAUCCUCAUCCAAGUGGCCGCCGUGCUCCAGGCCCACCUGCCCGCCAGAAAACGGCCGGCCCCGAGCCUCCAACAGGACCCACCCGACACAAAGAAACCGAGAGGCAGCCUAGUCCCAGCAGUGCCCCCCGAGAGGGCGGUGCCCCGCCUCCACCGACCGGCCCUCCAGCACUUCCGGACCCACUUUCUGCUGCCCAGGAGGCCCGUGAUCUUGGAGGGUGUGGCCGACCACUGGCCCUGCAUGAAGAAGUGGAGCCUGCAGUACAUCCGGGAGGUGGCGGGCCACCGCACCGUGCCCGUGGAGCUGGGCUCGAGAUACACGGACGAGGACUGGUCGCAGACCCUCAUGACAGUGGACGACUUCAUCAGCAAGUACGUGGAGCGCGAGACCACGGACGUCGGCUACCUCGCUCAGCACCAGCUCUUUGAGCAGGUACCGGAGCUGAAGCAGGACAUCGGCAUCCCCGACUACUGCUGCCUGGGGGACGGGGAGGAGGACGAGAUCACCGUCAACGCCUGGUUUGGCCCCCGGGGAACCGUGUCCCCCCUCCACCAGGACCCCCAGCAGAACUUCCUCACCCAGGUGAUGGGAAGGAAGUACAUCCGGCUGUACGCCCCGCAGGACUCGGAGGCGCUGUACCCCCACGAGACGCACCUCCUUCACAACACCAGCCAGGUGGAUGUGGAGAACCCGGACCUGGAGAGGUUCCCCAAGUUUGCCGAGGCCCCCUUCCUGUCCUGCAUCCUGUCUCCCGGGGAGAUCCUCUUCAUCCCUGCUAAACACUGGCACUAUGUGCGCGCUCUCGACCUGAGUUUCUCCGUCAGCUUCUGGUGGUCCUAGCUAGACGAGCGAACAGCUGGACCGGCAGGACAGAGCCUGGGCACUGGGGAAGUCCCAGCUCUGGGGGACACGGUGGACAUUCAGAGGGGUGCACAAUCAGGACCCCCCAAGACGCGCCAGGUGGCCGACUCAGGCGGUGGCAGCCGAGGCCCAGCACGGCUGGCAGCCCUGCAUGCAGCGCCCUGAGCCGCUGGGCUCUAACAGCCUCAUGGCUGAGCUGCCGCGUGGCGUGGGUGUGGCUGCCAGCCACGCGAGAUCACAGGACAACUAGAUGUUACAUCUGCUGUCAUAUUGUCUAUUUCAGCGUGAAUUUCAGUCACGUAAGUGAAAAGA